GCCCGCACCGAGGUUAUGGCAGACGCCAUGCCACCGGUGCUAACGCCACCCCGCUUCGGUUACUUAUCCUGCUUCUGGUUCUUCUGGUCAAGCGCCGAACGUCGGGUUUGCCCCCUCGAGUUAUUCGUCUGGAUACGGAAGUGGGUUCUCUUCGUACGCACAACCGAAUUUUUGGAGGACUAACCAAGAGAAAUUGCAUCGCUGCUUUACGAAGACUUUGGCUGAUGAGGAGAGAGAAGCCAAACAGAAGGAAGAAGAAGAGAAGACUAGGAGAACUAAAGAGGAAGAGGAUAGAAAAGAAGAGUGGAGGAAGGAACGGGAGCGCCUUGAGGCAGAAAUGAGUGCUCGAUUGGAUAAGCGUAUGGAGGAGAAGAACGGUGCACUGAAGAAGACGGGAGAUGAGGUCACUGUAUCGGAAGAAAUGGAGAAGAUACGUAAGGAGAAUGACCGUUUGAGGAUAUUACUAUUAAAGGAGGAUGUGGUUAACGAGGGUAGUAAGGUUGCUACGCUUCAGAAGGAAAUCAUGGAGCUUAAGCAGCAGGCGAUGGUGAAGAAGGUCGCAGAAGAUGACAUCUUCUCUAUGAAACAAGAGAUCGAGCAGUUGAGAUCUUCCGCUUUGGCCAAAGGUAACUUUGAAUCGAAGCUUGAUGGCUUACGUACUGAAGUUAGCAGGUUGAAGAUACAGGGGAUGAAAGAUAGGGAGGAAGUCGAGGCGUGGAAGGGGGAAGCUUUGCGACCAGGUAACACGAGAGGCAGCGUCGUAAUCGACACUCCCGAUGGACUGCCACGUGGAUCUCCGCGGCCACGUUGGACGGACAACAUCAGAGAAUCAGACAAAUGGAAACAGGAGUAUGUCAAGAUGAAAGAGAUGCACCGUGCGGCAAGUCGGGAGGCCAGGGUGCUUAAAGGGAAGCGGGCUGUUGCCGAAGGAGAGGCGAUUAAGCUGAAGGAGCAGCUCAAUAAAGUACCUGUUGAGGAAUUUGACACACAACGUGAGAGAGGGGGUACGAAUCUAAAAACGAGGCUCGAGGCUGUCGCUAACCGCUAUACUAGGAAAGGCUUGAAAGCCACUCCUCGACGAGACAUGGGGGUGUGUGCGGAAUCAUUUGGAGCUGCUAACGAACAUUUUCAUUUUAUUGAAGCACAAAAGAAAGACUUGAGGAACUACAAAAAAUCUGGAUUGGAGAUGUAGUGCCGGGAGGCUAGUUUGAAACUUCGGGCGAUUGACUUGAUGAUAGCAGACAUCACUAAAUACAGGGUUGAUAAGGCCAUGGGUAAAGAUGGUAAUGGAAGCAAGGAGAGCGACAAUAUUGAAUCAGUGCACGAGGUUUCGGAAGAUUCCCCGGUGCAUGAUGCUGCUUCCGUGUGGGAAGAUGGACGAUCCGCGGAACUCUAGAACGGGUUCCCGAACGCGAUUACCUAUGAAAGUGGGCGUCUUAUUGCAGGCAGCUUCGUGAGGAUAGAACACAGGGUGCACAAGUAGGUAAGAAUGAAGAUUACCAUCGUGG